GGGCAUUGGAGCAAGGUUUAAUCCAACAUCCAACAUACGGUCAACCUGGAAUAGAUCCGACUUGACUUCAUCGCAUCCAUGUUCAUGUCGUGGCAUGGGUUCAGGCUUCUUUGGAUUGCCUGUUCUUAGAUGAACCAGAGUGAGGACACCUUGCUGUGUCCCCCAGAGGAUGGAAAAAAUGACACCGACGAUGGUAUCUGAAGCUUGCCUCCUGCUAGCUUAAUGAGCUCCUCACUAACCCUAUAACUUAUAAAUCAGCCUCAUCUCCCCCCUCAUAAGCGCAGUUGGGCUGAUGGCGUUGAUUAUUUUUGUUCAUGAUUUUCUGCAUGUGGAACCCUUCCAACCGUUGCUUGAAUACGGGGGGGAAAUCGCCUUGGGUCGUAUAUUUCGCUAUCACCCGCCAAGGACAAGGCUCCGUCGCAAACUAGUGCGGCUGGAAUACGAAAAACACGGGCUCCCCGUUUAACUACAGUUGGUCUUUGGGGACGCUUGAUAAGUGGAAUUCCCUCUCCAUUUGACAUGGCUCAAUCGCCAACUUCCCCAUGAAAAUAUUUACCAUCGAGUUGUCAUUCGUGAUUCGAAUGCCCUCCCAACAAUGAUACCUUAGGAUUACCGCUUCAAAUCGUCCAAAUUAACGGAGAAAGGCCAUUCUUCUUCGAUCUCCAGAAGCCUUCAGGCGAUUUUAUUGAGGUCGGCUUGCUGGAAGAGGUCUAUUGCCGCCGUCCUAUGUCCUUUUGAUCAACACCCCCAAGCUGCAUUGCACAGCGCUGCCUCCUUGCAGCUGCCUCUCUUUCCCAAUGAAAUCUCUACUACUUUUCACUUUCAAUAUCUUCCUCCUGGUCGGCGUGUCUCAUGCGUGGACCUUGCUUUGGCACGAUGCAAACAAUGCAGAACAUUUCCAUACGGGCAGAACUACAAAAGGUUGUUCGGAGAUCAAUAUGUCAAAAGGGAAGCAGUACAAAUUUGAUCCCCAAGGCACGGAAUUUUGCGUUCAUAUGUUCGCCGACGAUAAGUGCCAGGACGAAAACGGCUGGUCGUGUCUGGUCUGGGGUCCCAGGAACUUAGGCCAGCCGUGGGUGAGGUCGUAUCUCAUCGACACGAUCGACGGCAAUGGUAACAACAGGGCGUCGAAGCGGCUGCCGUCGGCGACGACGACAACAUCGAAGAAAAAUGACCCCACAGCAACGGAUAGCAAGUCCUCAAAAAAGCCUGUACCAACUGCCAAUGAGACCUCUACCUCAAGAAAGACUGGAGAAACUGCUACAACUGCCGAACCCACAACGCUCUCUACUCAGGGUAGUAUCACAGCGCAGGGGACUGAUGUGACACCCGGUCCAUCACCAACAGAUCAAGAGGACCCAGAAGCAGCAUCGCCGGGGCCGUCAGAGGGGGGCUCAUCAAUGUCCGGAGGAGCAAUUGCCGGGACAGCGAUUGGGGUAUGCGCAGGCGUCGGCGUCCUAGCCGCCUUUGGAUUCCUAGCCUACCGUCGACGUCGAACUAAGACAGAUACCGCACCUCCAGUCAACAGUUAUGAUAAUCCUCUCCCCCCACCACCGCCAGAAAAACCGGCGCAAUUCGCGCCGACGAAAAAACACGAAUACCACCCCAGUCCCAGCGAGCUCGAUUCCAAACCAACAUCGCCAGACGGCUACCCGCCGCCACCCCCUUUUUCCGUUGUAGAGAAGGAUGCGGGCAGUCACUCUAACUGGGCCCACGUGGCGGAGCUGCCCGAUAAUUCUGCCGCUCCUAUAGCAGAGCUCUCCGCCUCGCCGCCGGCCGGGCGGUAUUGAUUCGGUUUUAAGGAACAUAUAGACGGAAUGGGAAUAUACUUGAGAGCUUAAGAGCUUGAGAGGGUACAGAUUUCUCAGAUUGCAUAUUUGAUGGAUUUUCAUACCUCUUUGAGACCGAUUGGUUUCGUUCCUCCCUCUUUUUUCUUUGGUUGUUUUGUUAGCCUUAGUGUAUAUAGCUUCUUGAAUACUUGAUGUUCGAUGUGAAUCUUCAUAAUGGGAUCUAAUCGUACCUAUCCAUCUCGACACACCCACGUUCAAUAUCAGAGAUUUAUUUUGCAUAUUCCAAAGAGUUUUCUAUCUUUUUCCAGGCCGCCUUUUCCACAGCCUCGAGAAUAUAUACAUAUAGAUGUUUGGGGUAUUUCCGCGAAUAGGCAGUUAUUACCUCAAGCUAAUUACGUGAAUUUCUCUAGAACACAUUUUAUUUGAUGUGAUAAAAAAAUUUCACGACUUGAAACCCCAAAAAGCCCAGAGGGAGUAUUUGAAAAAUGAACUCUUCGAUGGAAACUAUGAACAAAAAUCAUAUUGCUGCAAUAACUAAACUAUUUUAUGAUUUAGAAAUGCCAACAAUUGCAUGUUGAUCCUGCUUAUAUCUCAG